AUGAUCGCAUGGACUCGCCCGUCAAUGAACAAUAAUGCAAAUACUGGCGAUUAUGGUGCAAGCGCGUAUGGUUCAAGUGGCUACGGUUAUGGUUCAGGUGGAUACGGCUACGGUUUAGGUGGAUAUGGCGCGGGUGGAUAUGGACUGAGUGGCUAUGCUCCAGGCGGAUACGGUUAUGGGGGAUACGGUAUAGCUGGAUAUUAUUAUCGUCGUCGGCGUUGA